AUGCUGCCCUCCCCUGUCCGAUCUGCGCUCGACAUCAAGCUUGCUUUAGACCAUGCUUCAAAGUAUCUCGAGCCUAUCGGGAUGUGCAGAACGAAGAUGAACCUCUGGGAAAGGCACUACUCUGGCGAUUACGAAGAGUUCAGUGAAAGCGAGUCCAUCGAGGAUGCGAAAUCUGAGUCAAGAAACGAGCAGGGCACCGAGACCUCGACUACUGACAGAGCAGCUGCAAGCGAAGAUAACAAGGACCGGACCGGUAUCCGACGUUUAAAGAAGCUCUAUGCUAACCGGGAUCCGCCUCUCAAGGACGGCGUCCUAGGAAAGCCGUUCAGUCUUGACAUCACGCGUGCAGGCUGCGAGUUCUCUGGAGAGAUCGUGCCCCAGCCCUCAAUCGAUCAAUCCGGCGAAAACGACAUGAAAGUGAACGACAACCGCGUGUCGCAAUGGUUCGAAAAUGCGACAGUCUCUCCCUUCGGAGACGUUCAAGCACAAGAGAACAAGGUCGACGAGAACGUUCGCAAUGCUCGAGAGAUUCUCGCCUCAGAGUUCCGUGUGUCCCCGGACUUUCUUCAAGAAAUCGCGACGAUCUGGGACCAGAAUUUUCUGCCACCUGGGGUGCGCGUUGAGCCAUACAAGAUCCAUUUGUAUGGGCCAGGCGGGAAAUUCCGCACGCACAAGGACACCCCGGAGAAGGGUCUUGUGGGGACGUUCCUCGUCGGUCUCGGAGAUUCGACACCUGGUGACGGCCACUUGAAGGUUCUCGACGAUUAUUACAGGGCCGAUGCGGGGACUUGGGUAGCGUUCCACCCGAGUGUUCCACAUGCAGUCACUCGCAUCGAGCACGGGUAUCGCGCCGUCAUCGCCUUCAAAGUUUUCAAGCGGGAGCCCGUGCCUGGUGAGGAAGCAAUAACUGCACCCCAUGACAGCUUGCAAGAGAAGACGCGCAGUGAGAUGGAACAUGCGUUUGCCGCGAUGCAUGCGCCGUUCGGACUCUUGCUCGAACAUCAAUACUGCAUGGGAACGACCGAGUUCAACGGGUUCGACAGCAUGCUGCGCGACGCGGCGGUGAAGGUCGCGCAGAAGCAUGGUGGGGAGGUGCAUUUUCUCCCUGUCCUGACUAUGUUCGACGGAUAUUACUAUAUCGACAGUGUCAGGAGCGGUCCACCUCAGUCCAAGGCACCAGUGUACCCCCUGACAGAGGCGCACGUGAAUGCGAUUCUGCAGGUGUUCCGCAGCAAGGACGUGCAGUCCAGGUAUGGGGAAUACAACCAAGGCAACCGUAGGCUUGAAAUCACUAAGCUCGACGUGAACACGGGGCAAGAGUGGCUCAACUCGCUCGAAGACGUGCCCUUCUAUGCCUUGGAUUUUGAAAAGAAUUCCCUGGUCUGGAAAGAGGAGAUUGACGAAGGGGCAGAGUACACGGGCAAUGAAGCGAGACCGGCGACUGAGGACAGCAUCUAUCUGUCUUAUGCAAUGGUCGUGAUUGCUGAGGAGGAAGAUGGUGAGGAGAGAGAGUCCGAGAACGAGUAG